AUGUUACAACAAACAUCGCGCGUGUGUAACGAAGGAGCGCUCGGUUACGAAUCUGAUGGUCCGAGAGGAAUGCAGGUAACGAAUGCGUUAAUAUAUUAUAUCACCAAGGAUAAUCUGUCACUGAAUGCAGUGCACAAACCUAGAUUUCGACGUUUUAUAAAAACUGUGAGUCCUUUGUACAACUGCCCCCAUGAGACCCAGUUUAUCAAGCUGAUACAUAAUAAAUACGAAACUUUGAAAGAAACCAUCAGAAACCGCCUCCGUUCAACGGGUAGCAUUUGUCUAACAACAGAUAUAUGGACCGAGAUGAUGAACGUUAAAAGCUACUUGGGAAUAACAGGACAUUUCAUUCAUGAUUCAGACUUCCAGCUUAUGUCUUGUCUGUUGGGAGUUAUCAAGUGCGAUCAAUCGAAAACCGGUGCAUACAUAGCCGACUUACUAUUGGAUUGCUGUAAUGAUUGGGACAUCGAGCUUGAUAAUGUGUCAUGCGUUGUAACUGAUAACGGCGCGAACAUAGUGAACGCCGUGAAACUUCAAUUCGGUGAAAAACGUCACCUUCCUUGCUUUGCGCAUACAUUGAAUUUGAUUGCAAGCAAAUCUGUACCCUUGUAAAACGAAGCGUAUGGAGCAUGUCUGGACCCAGUUAUUGAUUCAGAUGAUGAAGAUGUUGACGAAUCAGAUAUCGACGAUGCUAAACAUAAUUCUCCUAAAGAAAACAUGAUUAUUUUAAUAAAGAAAAUGAAGCGAAUAAUUAAAUUUUUCAAGAAAAGUGAAACUGCA